GCGCUCCGGCAAGUGUCAAGAAGGAUCAGGUGUGCUCUUGAUCAAUAGGUGAUUGUUUUGGUGUGAAUGAGCACAAUACCCGGCGUGUCAAAUUCGCCUACUGCAACCUGUUAAUCUGUGGGAGUGUCUUCUUCGUGUAAACACGCCCAUUCAGCUGUUUCCUCAACCAAACUCACGGGAAAACUUUUGUCCACCUCACGUGGAACGAUGGUAGACGCCGCUGCCGCGUUUUGUUUUUGGAUUUAAUAUUUCAUCACGGUGAUCAUCCAGCAACACGUAGUGCGAUCAUGUCUUUGGCGGAUCCGGAGUGGUGUCCCACAAGCGUCCAGGUAACAGUACUUCAAGCCAGAGGCCUCAGGAUAAAGGGGAAAAGCGGCACCAACGAUGCGUACGCUGUCAUGCAAGUGGGCAAGGAGAAGUAUCAGACCACUGUGGUGGAGAAGUGCGUGGCCCCGGUGUGGAAGGAGGAGGCCGCUUUCGAACUGCCGUCACCACUGCAGCAGGGCGGCGGGGCAGGACGCGAGCGGAGUACGCUCCAUGUGCAAGUCAUGCACCGGGCCCUGAUGGGUCCAGACAAACUGCUGGGACAGGCUGUCAUCAACCUGCUGCAGCUCAGUGAGGACAAAACCCGCGAAAAGACGGAAUGGUUCAAGUUGCUGGGCAAGACUGGCAAGACAGACAAAGCCAGAGGAGAGGUUCUUCUGGACAUCAAGUUCAUGAGAAGCAACAUGACCGCCAGCAUGUUUGACCUCUCUUCUGCUGGCAAAUCCCGGUCUCGCCUGGACAAGUUCAAAGAUAAAGUUCGUGGCAAGAAAAAAGAAUCGGACACCGUUUCUAGCGUGGUGCCGUCUUUCACUCAGGUUCUGACAGACAGCGAGGAGGAGGCCAAUGGGAAUGAAGAAGCAGCUGCAGGCAAAGAGAAGAAGAAAAAGAAAAUCAAAUCUUUAUUUUCUUCCAAGUCUAACCUGCAGAGGAACAUGUCUCAGUCCAUGUCUGUUCUGCCUGCAAAAAACUCCUCACUGAGUGGCAGCCAGUCAUCUGGUCUUAAUGUUGAGUCCUCUGAAGGUAAAAAGAAAUUCAAGUUCAUGAUACAUAAACGCUCAGACAGCAAAGAUUCCACCUCUGGCCACCAAAAACAUGUUGCUGUGGAGCAGAGUAAUUUUUGCAUCAAUAGCAGUCAUGUAUACUCUGAGGAGCCACAACCUCGAGCUUCUCGGAUCGACUCAAACUUCAGUCUAGCCAGUUCAGGCCACGGCUCUAUGGAUGACGUCCCUGAAAGCUCUCCACCCUUUGAUUCACUAAAGGCAGUAAGACAAUAUUCACACUGGACGGAGGAGGAAGAAGAUAUGGCUGAAAUAGAAAAUAUUAAAGAAGAUGAGGAUGAUCUUAGAAGGAAGGAGGAGGAAAUGAUGGAGGAGGAGAGAAAGAGAAUGGAAGCGGAGAGGGUGAAGAGGCAAGAAGAGCUUGAGAAGUUGGCUGAGGAGGAGAGACAAGAGCAAGAAGAAAGAAAAAGGACUGAUGAGAGACUUAAAAGGAAGGAAGAGGAAAGGAUUCAGAGGGAGGAAGAGAUGAAGAGAAAAAAGGAAGAGGAGAGGGUUGCGCAAGAAGAACUUCAAAGAGUAGCAGAGGAGAAGAAGAGACUAGAGGAACAAGAAUGGAUGAGAAUUGAGGAAGAAAAAAGGCAAAGGGAGGAAAGGAUUAGAAUGGCAGAGGAAAGGGCUCAGAAAGAGAGGAGGAGACGAGAAGAGGAGCAUAAAUUAGCAGAGGAACAGAGAAGACUGGAAGAAGAAAGACGGACAGAAGAAGAGAAAGUUAGGAAGGAGGAAGAGGAGAGGAUAAGAAAGGAGGAGGAGAGGGCUGAGGAAGAGAGAGUUAAGAGACAAAAUGAAGAAGAUGAGAUAAGGAGACGAGAAGAGGCGUAUAAAUUAGCAGAGGAACAGAGAAGACUGGAAGAAGAAAGAAGGACUGAAGAAGAGAAAGUUAGGAAGGAGGAAGAGGAGAGGAUAAGAAAGGAGGAGGAGAGGGCUGAGGAAGAGAGAGUUAAGAGACAAAAUGAAGAAGAUGAGAUAAGGAGACGAGAAGAGGCGUAUAAAUUAGCGGAGGAAAUGAGACUGGAGGAAGAAGAAGAAAGGAGAAGGAUUGAAGAAGAGAAGGUUAGGCAGGAGGAAGAGGAAAGGAUAAGAAAGGAGGAGGAGAGGGCUGAGGAAGAGAGACGAGAGGAAGAGGAGAGAAGAGUUAGGAGGGAAGAAGAAGAGUGUGAGGAAAAAAGAAGACUAGAGGAACAGGAAAGGAGGAGAAUUGAGAAAGUCCAAAGGGAGGAAAGGAUUAGGGAAGAGGAGAGGGCUAGGAAGGAAAAGGAAGAAUAUGAAACAGUGGUGGAGGAAAAGAGACCAGAGGAACAAGAGAUGAUAAAAAUGGAGGAAGAGAGAAUUAGGAAGAAUGAGCAGGAAAGGGUUAGGAUGGAGGAAGAAAGAAGACAAGAGGAAGAAGAGAGGGCUAGGAAGGAAAUGGAAAACAAGAGAUUAGCAGAGGAGCAAGAAAGGAAGAGGGUUGAGGAAGAAGAGAAAAUUAGAAAAGAGGAAAGGAUUAAGAGGGAGGAGAAAGCUGAAAGGGAGAGGAAGGAAGAGGAGGCCAGGAAGCUGGAGAAGGAAAUGUUGACAGGAGAUGCAGAAGAACAGAAGAAGAGAGAAAAUGGAAGAAAAGAUGUACGCAAAGUUGGAGAGAAUAAAUCUAAAGUGGCUGUGGAGAGCCCUACAGAAGUCACCUUCACUAAUCCCUUUGAAAACUUUUCAUAUAAUCCCUUUGAGGAGAAUCCUAAUCCUGGACCCGACAGCAGCACAGCCAAAAUGUCAAAUGACCAACAAAGAUGUCAAUCUUCUGUGUCAUGGAGGGGAAGCAAGAGCAUAUCCACUGAUGAAAAGAACCUGAUUAGGGCUCAACGGGAGAAGCGACCGGCUCCUCAGCCUCCAGGAAGCAGUCAAACUGAGAGACUGACUCAGAGGGAGCAAGCGAUAUCUACACAACAUCUGGCACAAAUUGGCAUGGAGACUAAUGACACAGAUGUCAAAACCUCCAGCAUUCUUCCUCAGCAUACGGUGCAAAUGAUCACUCCUCUCAGUAAGUCUCCCACAGAUACAACAAGCACCCAGAGCGUGAUGCAAAGUAGUAACACCGAAGGAACAACAAGUGUGGCCAAACUUAAACGUCCUGCGCCGUCUAUACCUCGUUGUGUGGAAGAGGAGCUGUCGUCCAAAUCCAAAGCACCCUUGUCUACUGGUGGCAACAUUUCUACUGGAGGUGGCUCAGAGAUAAAACAAGUCCAGAUUGUUUAUGGCUUAAAUCCAUUUGAAGAUGAUGAUGAAAAUGAGCUCACAGCACGAGAUGACACAACAACUUCUGUUAAGACUGGUUCAGUACUUUGGCCUCCAGCUGUGUCACAAGCUGUUGAUAAAGAUGUCGCCUCUCAAGUAAAAAUCAAAUCCUCAAAGAUGGCCCAUGCUCCUCCAGCUCCGGCAAAGAAAGCUGCCACACUGGGCACUUCAAUCCACCAAAACACUGGUGGAGAGCAUGAUACUGGUGUAAAUGUGCCUGAUAAGAGUGCAACCCAUGCACGUGACUCAGAGAUGAUGAUCUCUGUGCAUGUCCAAGAGAAUCCACUGCAAGAGUCCCAGCCUGUGACUGUGCAGAGUAUCAUGGAGGCACCAGGUGUGAAGAAGGAAGUGCCUACUACAGCUUCACGCAGGCUUCAACCUGUAAAACCUCUUAAUCCUCUGCAACAGCAAUCUGUCUCAGUAGCUCAAGGCAGAAAAGAUAAGAAAUCCACAGGAAUCCUUUGUGAUUUGAAGGAGAAACCAAAGGUAAAAGACACUGGACCC